AUGUCGAUUGAAACGAUCCCCCCGACGACAACCACUUUCCGCAAUCUGCGUGCUUGCCUCGUCUGUUCGUUGAUUAAGACCAUGGAGCAGUUUGAGCACGACGGAUGCGACAACUGUGACGCUUACCUGAGAAUGAAGAGCAAUCGGGAUAACGUGUACGACUGCACCAGCUCCAAUUUCGACGGAUCGUUUCGUGCCCGGAAUGUAUGCCAUCUCUGUGUCCGGCGAGUUGCCACGCAGUGUGAUCCAGGACAUGCGAAGCCGCGGGAUUGCCUAUCACCCGAGAGACACGAGUACCAGAUGAUGAUGACGUUGCUGCUUUACCGAUUCUUGUGCGCCUGCAUGCCCGUCUAUCUGUGUCUGUCUUCCUCUACAUGCUCCGAGAUGAAAAUACACAUUCGUUCCUGUCUUGUAUCGGUGCGGGUGUUGGAUUUUAUUCCUGUGAGGGAACUGUGCGUGUGUGGGUCGUUGGUAUGUGCUAACGUUUCUCCGCUGUCCUUCUCUUCCCCUUCCUUCUCAGGUUCUACUGUAUCGUAUUUCGUUGCGAAGCGCGGUGAUCCCAUCUGUGUCCUUGUCGCGAAAGGAGUGUCUACUGUUGUGGAAGCGGCAAUGGUGUGUAUGUGUGGUAUGACCGGGGCGGUGAAGCGUGGCGGGUGCGGGUGGACCGUGCCGCAGAGGUGGUUCUCCAUGUCCCGGAUGGCCCGUAAGACGGCCAAGGUGCUCACACUCGACUCGAUGAACCCGUCCAUCAAGACGAUGGAGUACGCCGUUCGUGGCCCACUCGUCAUCCGCGCGGUCGAGAUUGAAAAGGAACUACAGGCCGGAGCCAAGAAGCCGUUCGCUACCGUCAUCCGCGCCAACAUCGGGGAUGCUCACGCCAUGGGCCAGAAGCCCAUCACCUUCUUGCGCCAGGUCGUGGCGGGCUGCGUGAACCCUGCCGUGCUGCACUCUGCGCCGGCAGACGUGAAAGACCGGGUGAAGCGGAUCUUGGACGGCUGCAAGGGGCGCAGUGUUGGCUCCUACUCGGACUCGCCCGGCCUGGAGGUGAUCCGGCGGGACGUGGCCGACUACAUCAGGGCGCGGGACGGAGGGAUCGAGUCCAACUGGGAGGACGUGAUGUUGUGCGGGGGUGCAUCGGACGGGAUCCGGGCCGUGCUCAAAUUGUUCAACGUGGUGCAGGACGGCAAGAAGCCCGGGGUCAUGAUCCCGAUCCCGCAGUACCCGCUCUACUCGGCGUCCAUUGCCGAGUUCGACAUGGAGCCGAUCAACUACUACAUGAACGAGAGCAACAAGUGGGGCCUGGACGUGGCAGAACUGAAGCGAGCUGUGGACAAGGCACGGCAAACGUGCAACCCCAAGGCCAUUGUUGUCAUAAAUCCGGGGAAUCCAACAGGACAGGUAUUGACGAGAAGCAACAUUGAAGACAUUGUGCGAUUUGCGCGCGACGAGCGACUCGUGUUGUUUGCCGACGAGGUUUACCAGGACAACGUGUACGCUGCCGAGGACCAGUUCCACUCGUUCAAGAAGGUGAUGAUGGAGCUGGGCGCCCCGUACUCGGGCCUCGAGCUCGCCUCCUUCAUGUCCUCGUCCAAGGGCUACAUGGGCGAGUGCGGGCUGAGAGGCGGUUAUGCGGAGAUUGUCAAUUUCGACGACGACGUCCGGGCCAUGUUCCUCAAGAGCAUAUCGGCCAAGUUGUGUCCGACCGUGCUGGGACAGGCGACCAUGGAUGUGGUGGUAAACCCUCCUCGGGCUGGGGAGCCAAGUUUUGAGCUUUACGCAGCCGAGAAAAAGGCCGUCUUGUCGUCGCUGGCGCAGAGGGCCCACAUGGUUGCGGACACGUUCAACUCCAUGCCUGGCGUGUCGUGCAACCCGAUUGAAAUCCCGCCCAAGGCCGUGAGUGCAGCCGAGAAAUUGGGACAAAGUGCCGACUUCUUUUAUUGCAUGCACCUGUUGGAAAAGACGGGCAUUUGCGUGAUACCGGGCAGUGGGUUUGGCCAAGUGCCUGGCACAUAUCAUUUCAGGUCAGUCUACGAGUCAGACGACGAUUCUGCCGCAGCCCCAGCUGCUGGCCUCUAUGCUCGAACGAAUGAAGGCGUUUCACGAAGACUUUACGAAUCAAUUCAGCUAGUUUCAUUCACACGAGAAGAAGAAGGAGGAGGAGGAAAUCAUUGGGUCGAUCAAAGACGAAAGCGCUAGUUUACCGUAACGUUUUGUGAUUUAUUUUUUCACCAUUUUAGUUGAUGAGGUGAUUCUGACGUGUGCUUUUCUUUUCCGUGUCGUCGUCGAGUGGGCUCGGCAAAUGAAACGAAGGAAAGGGGAGUUGGGG